AAUUGAAAAUUGCAGUUGCUACCAACAUAAUGUGGACCUCGGCGGCUUUGCCAGUGCAGCCUUCAAUCAUCGGCUGUCUGUCUCGCUCGGCACACUGGAGCAUCACCACCAAGCCACCCCCUCGCAGCCCAGGGGCCAGAAACACAUUUUUGUCCCCAACAGCGGCAACUUUGGGCCAAACAACAUGUACGAGGAGCACUUUGUUGAACACCUCGACCACCACUCGUGGGCAAUGGCGCAGGGCGACUUUGGAGGCAUCGAAGAUGACUACAGUCGCUUGCUGGAUGGUUCAGGAAAGCUCAUUUCCGGUCGUCCUUCUGGAUUCCACAUCAGCGAUAUUUUGGAGUUGCACGACCAGGCCACGGGCACGCCCAAGCCUGGUGACCUACCCAAUCAUCCCUCAACCCUUCCACCCCACGGCUCUCUCACAUCUCCAGAGUUUCAAGGUCUGUCUGGCUAUGGGCAUCCUUUCUAUGGCCUUCUGGGGCCAUCGAGUGAGGCUCUGCUUGGGCCUGGCCGUUGGCCGCAUCACCCCGCCUCAGCCAUGGCUGCCGAAGCUCACCAUCAUCCACCAGGCUUGUGUAGGCCAGGUUUAGUCCCCGCUCCCCAACAACUCAGCCCAGACAGCACAUCCCCCGCGGCCAGCAGAAGUGGUGGCGGCCCCUUCGACGGCUACCCCGGUGGCCCUUUCGAUCCUGCCGCCUCCCCGUCCUCAGGGGCCAUGCCUCCCGGUUCAUCACCCACAAACUCACCUCGCAGCCCCCGCACGACUGCAGACUCAACCAGAAUUAACGGAGGAAUCGUCGGCGCCACAGCACCACGUGACCUCAGCCGAGACGAUGACGACAUGCCGAUGGACGGCGACGGCGACUGCAUUGAGGAAGACAUCGAUUCUGAAGAGGACGUUCCGAGGAAUCCAUCCGACCCUCCACAACCGCCGCAAAAGAAAAGGAAGAGGCGCGUUUUGUUCUCAAAGGCGCAGACCUACGAGUUGGAAAGACGGUUUCGCCAGCAGAGGUACCUGUCUGCCCCAGAAAGGGAGCACCUGGCCAGCAUCAUCAGGCUAACGCCCACUCAAGUCAAGAUCUGGUUCCAGAACCACAGGUACAAGACCAAAAGAGCUCAGAUGGAGAAAGGUAUGCAAGAGGCUUCGGCUACAAGCACCCUCCCCUCUCCACGCAGGGUGGCUGUUCCUGUCCUCGUCAGGGAUGGCAAACCCUGCAGUGGAGGAGGUAAAAAUCAGGAAAUGGGCCUGCCAGGGCUUAUGAACGUCAACAUGGACAUUAGCGCUCUCCAACUGCCUCCGGCCUCCCUGGCGGCCACUCUGGCCAACAGUAGUUGCAAUAUGGUGAUGCCCACCUACAGUCACCCGCUCAUGCACCAGCCGCGAUGGUGGUAGCACAAACACUUUGUUCAAUUAGGUUUUCCAAAGGACCUUUUUGGCAACCGUUGAUUGAAAAGGUCCACAAGUCCCCGCCUAGUCCUCGAGCCGCAGAAUCAGUUCCUGUCCCAAAUUCCUUACUAGUACAAGUGGUGCCAUCUGUAAAGGAGACGGAUUUAAACAUACUGUCUCGCCCCUGUUGUUGAGAGUGCGUUAUUGAUGAACUUAUUGUGUGUAAAUAACAAACGAAGAACUUCUCUGUAAUACUUAACUUCGUAUAUCAUCUCUAUAUAAGAGUAAAAGUGUAUCAAAAGCAAGCAAGAGAUUAAGCAUUUAUUUACGCCGUUAAAUAGAUUUUUGUGCUUAAUUUAUCUCUAUCUUUCCAGUGGCAAAUGUUUAAUGCUGGGCGCCUGUAUUUCUUUUGUGAAUACCGCAGCAGCCCAUGCAGACAUAAUUCUUUCAAAUAAUGAUCAAAUUGCUAAUGGAAAAACUUUCCCCCGCAAAAAAGCCAAGUUGUUUUUAUGACGCGGCGUGUCCGGUCUUGGGGCGAAAUUAUGGCUCACUCUCUCGUUAAGAUAUAAAUUACUGGCCCGCUCUAACUGCUCAACUUCUACCAUUCCGAUUGUUAUUAUUAUAUCAUCGCGCGUAAUCGGUGGCUGUGUGUGGAAAUUGAGUCAUUUUGCAAAAGGGAAAGUUAGCCCAUUUUAAAUGCUGGAAUUUCUUCAUGGGUGUAAUUAACCCACUUAAAUUUUGCAUUAAAUUUCAUUCAGCAGCCGUCGUGUAAAAUUUUAAGCCAUUUAUUUCCAUUUCCUUAGAUCUCAACUUCAUUAUGAUUAAUAAUUGUUGACAGUGUAAAGUAAUAGAAUUGGGAAGGAAAGUUGAAAAUAUAAUAUUGGAAGAAAAAUCACGAAUCUUUUUGCAGAUCCACUGCUUUGUAUAAAGUUUAUAAUUCAGGAAGUGUUCAGUUCAUAGAAUUUCAUCGGCGGCACUUAUAUUAUUGUGUAGAAAUGUAUUGAGAUAAUAAUUAUGUAAGUACUUUAACAGGAUAGAGCGCAUUGUUAAAUAUUAAGAGACGACAAAGUUUAAAUAAGAAAACGUGUAAAUUGCAUAUUUCCUUUACUGUGAUGAGGAAUUGUUUCAAACUGUGUGUCUUGGCUCCUCUGAAUUCAAAUUCGCAAAAUAAACCAAAACUAUA